CCCAAUUCGAGGGCCCAGGAUUAUUAUAUAUAAAGUUGUAAUUGUAAUUAGGGUUUCAGAAGAGCAGAGCUACAUAUCUGCCUACGGCGGCCUGCACUACGAAGGACACUGAGGAGCUCAUCCACAAGCAAUCAUGGGUAUUUCUCGGGAUUCUAUGCACAAGAGGCGUGCCACUGGAGGCAAGAAGAAGGCAUGGAGGAAGAAGCGAAAGUAUGAGCUGGGAAGACAGCCAGCAAACACGAAGUUGUCCAGUAACAAGACAGUUCGCAGGGUCAGGGUUCGUGGAGGCAAUGUGAAGUGGCGUGCGUUGAGACUUGACACUGGAAAUUACUCCUGGGGGAGUGAGGCUGUGACCAGAAAGACUCGUAUUCUUGAUGUCGUGUACAAUGCAUCCAACAAUGAGCUGGUCAGGACCCAGACUUUGGUGAAGGGUGCUAUUGUUCAAGUGGAUGCUGCACCAUUCAAGCAGUGGUACCUUCAACAUUAUGGAGUUGAAAUUGGUCGUAAGAAGAAGACUGCUGCAAAGAAGGAAGGAGAGGAAACUGAGACAACUGUGACUGAGGAGGCAAAGAAGAGUAACCAUGUCCAGAGGAAACUAGAAAAACGUCAGCAGGACCGUAAGAUUGACCAACAUAUCGAGGAACAAUUUGGUGGUGGUCGCCUGUUAGCUGCAAUUGCCUCUCGCCCAGGACAGUGUGGGCGAUGUGAUGGUUAUAUCUUGGAGGGCAAGGAGCUGGAGUUUUACAUGAAGAAACUUCAGAAGAAGAAGGGAAAAGGUGCAAGCACCGCUUGAGUUUUGUAAUGAUAAACUAAAAUUUUUCAGUCCAAAAACUUAUCCUGAGAUUUUGCAUGUUCUGAACAAAUUUGUCAAGACAUUGUUUCUGCAUCACAGUAAUAACUUAGUAGGACGGAGCGUGGUUUUUUGUUA